AUGUCAUUAAUACGCAUAUUUCGAAGACUUAAAGCCAAAGGUCCCGCUGUAAGCGAGCGCUCACAUGACAUGCCCAUAGAUCCCAGCUCAUUUCUAAAGCAAAAGCCUGUUAGGCGCAUCUCGACAGCCCAUGCAGCUUACGGUCCAGAUACAAUCGCAAGCCUGGUAAGGCAGACGACGCCGUCUAGCCCCCGCUCAAAAUAUUCAUCAUCAAAUGAAGACGAACACGAUUCGGAUCAUUCAAGCGAUGAUAACGACAGCCUAGACUCCUUUAUCGAAGCGAACUACAAUGAGUUUGGUUGCAGCAUGGUCGAUAACGCGCAAUUGGAUUCCAAGGACCGAGAACGCGUCCGCCAAGUGCUCUCGAGCCAACCGAACCUGGUCUUCAGCGCUGAUGCAGUGCGGCAUGUAGCUAGAACCUGGGAUGCGGAAAUGAUGAAUUUUCUAAUCAAUGCGCAGGGACCCAAGGUUCAUCUAACGUGCCGAGUUGUCGAAGCGGUGCUUUUGAAUAAGAACUAUGGCAUGGAGGUAAUGGCGAGUUUACAGGAACGUGGCGCGGCCAUAAAGAUCACGAGUUCUGUAGUUGUUGCUCCGUAUGAGAAUAGGCUAUGUGGGAGGGAUAUCUUGAUGCAACUGCUUUGCGAUCCUGGCGUAUCUGUUGGGACUGAAGCUGUGGAGGUGAUUGCUGCACUUUUUGAUGUUGAGGUGGUGAGGGUCUUGCGGAGCAGGUCGGGCAUCAAGAUUACCGACAAGGCUCUGGUCGCCGCUGCUCACAACCUAGAGGGAUUAUGCAUUCUUGAGAUGUUACUUGAUUAUAAGGAUGAGGUGAAAAUGUUGGAAGACGUCGCUGUGGCAGCAGCAGGGAAUGAAAACACCGGGUGGAAGAUGAUACAGCUUCUCAUCGACCGUACGGGGAAGAUACCAAAAUCAGAGAGGAUAUGGGAGUCCGCCGCGGGAAACAAAAACCACGGAAACAAAAUAACGGGCAUCCUCUUUCAACAUCAAGGGAAAGUGCUUGCGACUGAAGACAUUAUCGUGGCUGCUGCCAGUAAUAACAUGACCGGGAAGCUGGUUAUUGACUUUCUGUUCGAACACGUUGAACAAAUAGAGCUCACAGACGUGAUAAUAAUGGCUGUCAGUGACAACUGGCACCAUAUCACCGAGAUCAUUGACAUGCUGCUCAACAAGAGCACAAACGAGAUCCAAAUGACGGCGCGCAUAGUUCCGAGUCUUACCAAAGACCCGCCGCCAGGGAUGGAGGAGAAUGUCAGAUCUAGAAUGUGUGAUACGAUCUUCUAUCUUUUGAACGGCAAGUUUAAGGACCGAGUUUCGUUUACGACUGAUGCACUUGUCCAAAUUAUGGCGUGCGGUACGCUCGACCUGAUAUCCGACCUGCUAGACUCACUCGGUGAGAAAAUAUCAAUCACUGAGAAGAUGAUAGAAGCAGUUGCAGGAGGAGAUGGUUACCGUGGUACCGACAAGAUUGUGCAGCGCCUGUUCGAACAUAAUCCCUCCGUUAAAAUAAAUGAGAGGACAGUUAUUCUUGCCGCGCAAGGAAUCACGGGGAGUAAACUCCUUAGAACUCUUUUCAACCACGAUAGCAUGUUGCGAGUUCCCCCCGAAGCAAUCGAAACAGCUGCAGAGGACAGAAGCUGGGCAAGCGAAUUGGUUGCAGUUCUUCUUGAUCAGGACCCCACAGUUCUGAUCACAGAAAAGGCCGUAGUAGCAGCGGCACGGGAUUCGUACGAACCUUACACCUUAGACCUCUUCAUUUCCAGAUGUAAAGGCGAGAUUAGGUUAACUUUACAGACACCGUACCCGCGCCCUCUCUUAGUCGAGUUCGUCAAGCGGAUCCUAGCAGAGCCACAUGAAACUCACGUCAUUGGACCUCCUUUGGAGGAAGCUGUGAAGAUAGACGAUCCGGAGAUUGUGGCACAUAUAUUGAGAAAUGAAGAGCAACCUCGCCGUUUAUCAGCCCAAGAGGCAGCUGGUGCUGUCGGUAACGAGUCUGCAGGAAAGGAAAUAACGCAAAUGCUCCUUGCCCAUGGCUUCCAGAUUGAAAUCUCAGAAUCAGUUGUUCGCAGCGCAGCUCUCAUUCACAAAGAAGGCUACCAGAUAAUGGAACUCCUUAUUGGCGACACUGAGAGAGUCGGGGUGGCUCAAACAGACGCAGAGGCGAUUGCCGCCUUGAUGCCUGCCGAAAUAGUACGGCUUCUGUUUGAGACGCGGCAAGAUAUCAGAGUAACCACGAGAGUUCUUGAACAAGCUGCAAAAAAUGGCCCGAAGACCUUGGCCGUUCUCAUCGAAGUCUUGGGCGAAUACCCACCCAUUACCGACGACAUUCUCCAAGCUGCAGCAUCCAAUGUCCAGUCUCUACAUUGGCUCUACGACAAUUAUGGCGACGACGUCGAAUUCACACAGAAGGCGGUUGAGAUCGCAGCUGGAAACUCGACGGGGAUGGAACUCCAGGCUAUGUUAAAGCGAUGGGGUAAUUCAGUUCGUAUAACAACAAAAGUGAUGGAAGCUGUUGCAACCACCUACUGGGUCUGCGACAAGGUGAGUAUGCUCUUCGAGAUGCGUCCCCGUGAAGUCUGUCUCUCGGACGAUUUCUGGAUCGCAUUCGCCGGGAGCAAGGAUGCGUACCGGGCAGAGGAAACCCUGAAGAAGCUUGCCGGAUACUGCGAUUGUAUUCGCAUUACAGCCGAUCUGGUCACUGCCGCUUUGAAGUGCGGCGUUUUAGGGGACGGGGAAUCUCUAUUGAAGACGCUUCUACGCAACAACAAGACCCGCGUCACUGCGAGCGGAGUAGAAGCCAUUGCGAGGUCAUUUGACCGAGACAUGCUCUCUUUACUAUUCGAACGUCAUGGACGGUAUAUCCAUGUUACUGAGCGGACUUUGGAGGCUGCAGCGGAGAACGAACAUUCCGGAUGGGGGAUUGUCGAGUUUCUUGUCCGCACGCAAGACAAAUCGCGUUCUUGGUGUACUGGCCGGGUUGUCGAAGCAGCUGCACGAAAUUCACAGGCUGGAAGAGACAUUCUUGAGCUGCUUCUGUGUGAGUACCCAGAGUCGCAUUUUACAACACCAGAGGUACUUAUAGCAGCUAAGGAGAAUCCUAAUAGGGAUAUAAGUAGUGAAGUUAUUAAUUUACUUUUUAGUUAA